UCCACUUUCUUUCUUGUGAUCUCAAAACCAAUCUUCAACACUUCCUACUUCAACCAACGACCAUGAACUCCAUGCUUUUCCGAUCAGGUUCCGGUCCCAUCCCCGUCCAAGCCCCUCCCGCCGCCUCACCUCGCCCCUCCAUCUCCGUACCGUCGCCGCGCCGCCCCAGCAUCCGCCGCUCCUCUUCGGAGACGAGGACGCCAAGCCGGCAGCGCUCCCGCUCCUUCAGUUCGCUGCGGAUACCCGAGGAGCUGGGAACGCCCGGCGGAGGAAUGAACAAGAACCGGAAUUCUGGGGGUGGCGGCGGCGCAGAGGGGGACGACAUCGGGGCUUAUUACCAACAGAUGAUUAGGUCCAAUCCCACCAACUCGCUGCUCUUGAGAAACUACGCCAGAUAUUUGCAUCAGGUGGUGGGAGAUGUGGUGAAAGCGGAAGAGUAUUAUGAGAGGGCAAUUUUGGGAAACCCAGGAGAUGGAGAAGUGCUAUCUCUAUAUGGGAACUUAAUAUGGGAGACUCAUAGAGAUGAGAUGAGAGCCAAUUCUUAUUUCACUCAAGCCAUUCAAGCUUCCCCUAACGACGCUAUGAUUUUGGGUUCGUAUGCGCAUUUCUUGUGGGAGGCAGAGGAUGAAGAAUGUGGAGAUGAUGAGGAAAUGGAGACUCAACUUGUGCCACUUCCAUCGAUUAUGGUGUCAGCUUUCUGACUUUGUAUGUAUCAUAUAUAUAUAGAGAGAGAGAGAGAGGAGCUGUUCUAACGACUAUUAUGCUGUAUGUUUAACCAUAAUAAAUGAGUAUGUAUCUAACUAGUGAAAGGGGUUGAACAAUAGAAAGAGCGUUACCGAGGGAUGUGGGCUCAUGUUUGUUUCUGUAAAUUACUACUCCAAUAUUAUGAACUGUUCAAUUGAGGUGCUUUGAUUA